AUGCGUGUGCGCCUACAGGACGAUAUGUCGGCUGAGAAAUUCGCGAAACAGUUACUCGAUAUAGGGGAUGUUGAUGAUAUUAAUUUAUCCAUUCAAGAAGAGAUUCCAGGUUGCGAAGAAACAUACAAAUCGAUAGAUACCGUGUUGCACCAAGAUGACGCCGUCAAUUACCCGACCGAGUUCCUCAAUUCGCUCGAUUUACCUGGCAUGCCACCGCAUCUUCUCAGAUUGAAAGAGGGAGUGACGAUCAUCUGUCUUCGAAAUAUUCAUCCCCCAAGACUGUGUAACGGUACGAGACUCUCAGUCAAGAAACUCACGAAAAAUGUUAUUGAAGCGACAAUUUUGUCUGGUAAAUUCGGUGGUGAGCAUGUUUUGCUGCCCCGGAUUCCGUUAACCCCAUCAGAUGUUCCUUUUGAGUUCAGAAGGUUGCAAUUUCCCGUACGGCUCGCAUUCGCAAUGACGAUCAAUAAGGCUCAAGGUCAAUCUCUGCAAGUUUGUGGCUUGAACUUAGAAAAUCCGUGUUUUUCGCAUGGACAACUGUACGUGGCCUGUUCUCGAGUUGGAAAACCAUCGAAUCUAUUCGUCUACACACCUGAAGGGAAAACAAAGAAUAUCGUUUAUGCAAAAGCACUCAUAUGA